CUUUAAUUUCAUUGUGUUCUCUCUGUUACGCCGCGUUGUAAGAUCCUGACCGGUACAGUGCCUUUAUCGAUUUGGAAAGUCGGUGUCCAUUUUUGUGGUUCCUACUCGGUUGCAAGUAUCAAUCAUGUCGUCUUUCGUGUCAAUGUCAAGGCCCCUCGGACAAGAAUUUGGAUCUCUAGAAUCGGUCUGCUAGCCUUCACAAUCCCUCGGAAACCACCUUAGUUUUAUAGGAGUACGUUAGGUAGUACUUACUUACAUAGUCAGAACGGAAUGCCAAGAAAGGGAUCCGAAGGCAAUAGAACUGAAAGUGAAGAUGAAGAGACUCGAAUGUCGUGUAGCACGAUAUAGAAGGACGAUCCGAAGGUUCAGAGUCUCGGUGACCAGGUUUAUGCCAGUUUCUGCAGAAGCGCUCGGAAUACUCAUCCAGAAAUUGUCUGCGAAGUCUGGGACCAGGCUAAGAGUCAUCGUACUUCUCCUGCUUAGCCGAGUACACCAUCCUCUCAGUUUUUUAGCGAUCAAAACAUUUUUCAAUCGAAAGCAUGUAGACAUCAAAAUGGAUCCUGCCGGCGUCACGGUAAAGCAGCUGCAAGGUAAGUGGACGGACCAAUCUAGCGGUGCGGAAAUCGUAGUGGAUGGCAAUGCCUUAAUUGAUAGCACGGGAAAGCGUUUCCCAAAGGCUUUGGCGAAACCGGCAGGCUCCUGGGGAAUUGGUUGCCGCACAGACACGCUCGACAAGAUCGAAGCAACCGCAGAGCGCGUCACACUUUUUUGGAAAUCAAAUGAUGCCGACACCGGCAGUGUGCAGCAAACCAAAAAAUGGAUACGUUUCCAUUCCAGCCUUCCCAAGGCGUCAAACUCAAAGCGCUCGCGCUCAGAAGCUCUGCCCAAUGCAAGCGUCGAAGCGCCUGAUAACGUUCCGACGGGCGGGAAGACGAAAAAGUCCAAAAUCGUGCAGAAGGCUACGCCCUCUCUUGCGGAACCGAAGUUGAGCUUCACGUUUACGAUCGACAUUAUGAAAAACCACUUGUAUAGAUGCAAGGAAAUCAACCAGUACAAGGCGUACGGUGUCGGCGAGUGCCGAUGCGCGCAAUACACCGGGGAGUACAUAUUGCGUCCAGAGCCGGAGAAUCACUACGAUGACAACGCAAUCAAGCUGAUUCGCGACGACACGCAGAAGCACACAGGGUAUGUGCCAAAGCCUCUAAAUGCCAGGGUCCUGUCCUGGAUGACGCAUGCAGGCUGCGAAGUCUCCGCAGCGGGCUAUCGGGGUGCCAAAGCGUCUCGAACCAAAUGGGAUAAGUUACCCGUGGUGAUUACCGUAACCGGGCCGCAGGGUUUCUUGGAGACUGAAAGGAAUUCGAUGGAGGCUCUUAAUGUGAUCGAAGACGGUAAAAAACUUGAUCGCUACAUGCAGCACGCUUAGCUGAUAGCUUUUGUCCGAUUCCUGCUCAACACUUUGGACAUGGUACAGACAGAGCUAAACUUCGAUCCUGAAACGGUAGCUCCAAACUACUCUUCCCGUCGCGGUUGAUGUUCUAAAUAAG